UCCCUCUUUGUGAACUUUCUCGGUCAUGUUUUUGAUAAACGAUAAUACUAAUAUUAUCUAGAUUUGGUUUGGAUUUGGAGGCCUUUACCUACAUUGAUAAACACUAUCCUGUUUGAUGUUAAAGUCAUAGAUGUACUAUUUUGGUUUCGGUUGGCAGCUUGUCUUUGGUGAGAAAAGCUACCACCAUCGUUUUGAUUAGAAAUUUAUUUUUUUGAUUAUAGUUUGUUUUUCGUUUCUUAUUAGUAGUUGUCACUUACUUUCGUUUUCUCUGCCAACUCUUCACAGUACAAAGUUUUCAUAAAUGUUGCUCCUGAGAGAUAUUCUUCACACUUCACAACACCACACACAAUUGUAUGGACACUGGCUAUACACGGAAGAGAAUUGACCGUGUCUGGAAACCACGAGAUUGUUACGUUGGGUUCUCGAAUAUGAGAACAAAUUGACAGCCUGACGACGUGGACGGCGACGGUGUCGGUGGGCGUGUCCCUGAGGAGGACCACGAUUGUGGAGGCACCUGUCUGUCAUCGUAUAAGCCCCGCCCCCUCCCCCUUCAGUCCCGCCUGCGGUGGUCGUGAAGGUCCUCCAGUUCCAGCGACACUCGGUGCUGUGUGGAAGAUCUGGGCAUGCCUGCUGCUCCUAUUAUGUCCAUCAACUCGGAUGUGAGCCCGCUGCCCGCCAGCUCGUCUGCUCGAGAGGAACAAGCUAAAGUAGCCGGUCACGUGAUCUACAACUCUGUGCACGGGGCGGCCGACAACACUCGCAUCCCUCCCCCAGUGUCGGCGCCCGUCCUGCCAUCGUUCAGCGACCCCGACAUGGGGGGCCCAUCAGGACCGGCGCCCCUCACCGCCAGCCUGGCAGCUGACCCGAUGAGCGAGGGCCGCAUGUCCUCUGUGCGGCGAACCUUCUGUCUCUUCGUUCUCUUCGACCUCAUCCUCAUGUUCAUCCUCUGGGUCAUCUACGCUCAGCUCAUAGGAGACACAGGCUACAAAGCGUUUGAGAAAGAGGUCCAGAACUAUACCUUUGCGAGCUCACUCUUUGAUUCUGUGAUGUUGUCUGCUGUCAGGUUCACAUUCCUCCUUCUGGCGUACGCCUUGUACAGGAGCGGACACUGGUGGAUGGUGGCGUUCACCACUGCCCUCACAUGUGGAGUCCUCAUCGCCAAGAUAUUUCUGUUUGAUUUUGAGGGGUCAAAGAGCAACAACAACCCGCUCUCGUACUGCAUCAUCAUCAUCUCUUUUGUCCUGGCCUGGGUGGAGACCUGGUUCCUCGACUUCAAGGUUCUACCUCACGAGAAGAAGCUGAUGAGUCGGCUGGCUGCCAGUACUGGCCGCGGUUACGGCUCCACGUAUACGAGCCAGGGCUACAGGACGUUCAGCAACGAUGACAUGCAGUCGGUGAUCACCGAGGACAACCAGUUCUACUCGCCGCUCGACUCGCCCGAAGGUUCGGACACAGAGUCAGACGUGAAGGAGAGUCGUGGAGCAGUGGGAGGCGCAGUCGCAGCGAGGGGACUCUCGCGCCAGGCAAGCGGAUCUUCUAUAAAUAGUAGACACUUUGAGGUAGAGGGUGAUGGGCUAGCCUCACGCUUCACACUCGCUGAUGGCUUGGUGUUCAAAAAACACUCCCUCCCUCAGACCGGCGUUCUGAAAGACCCCCAUCCAUACCUCUCAUCCUCGCACGGUAUCCCCCUCUACGUUGUUCAGCCUCGCCGUGUGCUCAACGCUUUCUCAACCCCUCAAGGAGCUGCGGAAAAUGACUACGUGCGUCUGGCGCGGCACUCGUGGGAGGUGCUGUGGACGUACAUCACCAGCCCAGAGUCCGACUGGAAGUCAGAGUCCGGGUCGAGCAUCGAGGCGGGCGUGGUCCACAGCAAGAAGGUCAAGGGCGUCGGGAAGGUGUUCCGUCUCACCACUUUGAUCGAGUGGUCCCCCAAGGCCACUUAUGAGGCCGUCAACUUCCAACCAGAGACUCAGCCACAGUGGAACUCGGCCCUCAAGGAGUCACAGAUUGCCACGCGGUUAUAUGACCUUUAA